ACACGCCGUAGAUCUGCUCUAAUAGCCUAUCGCAGUUACAACAGUCACAUACACACAGACAAGGCUGAACCAAAAAACUACAACAACAACAAAAACCGCGCACCGAUGGCGGUGUGAGGCGUUUGGCUGAGAAGUACGCACGGCGCUGUGGAUUAGUGAAACCUUUUUUUUUUUUAUUGGCAUCUUCAUCCUGUCUGGAUCCUGGUCCCGGGGAAAUAAACAAAGCUAUGGAUUACUCAGUCUGCUUACUUUUACUCCUGUCAACCAUUUCGUCUGUGUCGACCGGACAAUUCCCCACAGCGCAGAUGGUAAAGGAAUGGGUGGACCAGAUGCAAAAAGAGCUGAUCUCAUUAACAGACACAGCCAGUGGAAUGGAGAACCUAAUACAGAUAUAUCAUAAACACAGACCUCACUUCAGCAUUGAGACCAACAACGCACAGGAACUGGUUGCCACAGCUGCUGGGAAUAUAGAGAAGCUGCUGACUAACCGCUCCCAAGCUCUGAGGAAACUGGCAGUGGAAGCAGAAAAGUUACAGAUGGAGCACGUGUGGAGGGACGACAACGAGCUCGACAACAUCGAUUACUACAAUGCCAAAGAUGAUCUUAACGAGACAGAAGAAGUAAAAGGGAGGAAGAACCGAUAUCUUCCGGAUGAUUUCGAGGUGGAUCCGGACUUCAAACGACUUGUCUCGUACAACACCACCGCUGUGCACAUCCCUACGGAUAUUUACGAAGGCUCUACCAUCAUUUUAAACGAGCUAAAUUGGACGGAGGCCUUGGAGGACAUAUUCCGGAAAAACAAAGAGGAAGAUCCUUCACUCCUCUGGCAGGUGUUUGGCUCUGCAACCGGAUUGGCUCGAUACUUCCCAGCAUCCCCUUGGAUAGACUCGAGCACUUCAGCCAAUAAGAUCGACCUCUACGAUGUGCGCAGGCGACCGUGGUAUAUUCAGGGGGCAGCGUCACCUAAGGACAUGCUGAUCCUGGUGGAUGCGAGUGGCAGUGUAUCUGGUCUCACCCUCAAACUCAUCAAAACGUCCGUCAGCAAGAUGCUGGAGACCCUUUCUGACGAUGACUACGUGAACGUUGUCUACUUCAAUGACAAGGCAGCGUAUGCAUCGUGCUUUGAGAACCUGGUGCAGGCCAACGUGCGCAACAAGAGGGUGCUGAAAGAUGCCGUGAAGGACAUCACAGCCAAGGGAAUCACCAACUACAGGGGCGGCUUCGAGCUGGCCUUCGAGCAGCUCGCACAGACGAAUGUGUCAAGGGCAAACUGUAACAAGAUUAUCAUGCUGUUCACUGACGGAGGAGAAGAGAGGGCAGAGGAGAUCUUUAAAAAAUACAACCCCAAGCAAGCGGUGCGCAUCUUUACAUUUUCAGUAGGUCAACACAACUAUGAUAAAGGACCAAUACAGUGGAUGGCCUGCGCUAAUAAAGGGUACUACUAUGAGAUCCCAUCUAUAGGAGCAAUCCGGAUCAACACCCAGGAGUAUUUGGAUGUGUUAGGCAGGCCCAUGGUGAAGGCUGAAAAGAAAUUCAAGCAGGUUCAGUGGACCAACGUCUACCUAGAUGCUUUGGAACUCGGCCUGGUGAUUACUGGAACUCUGCCAGUCUUCAACAAAACCAACACAGGCUCAAAGAAAACUCAAAACCAGCUCAUCUUGGGGGUAAUGGCUAUUGAUGUCUCCCUAGAAGAUAUCAAGAGACUGACGCCUCGCUUUACUUUUGGACCAAACGGCUACUACUUUGCCAUUGACCCCAAUGGAUAUGUGCUGCUCCACCCUAAUCUCCAGCCACUGACUGCCAAGUUUCAUGAACCUGUUACACUGGACUUCCUGGAUGCAGAGCUGGAGAAUGAGAUCAAAGUGGAGAUAAGGAAGAAAAUGAUAGACGGCAACACAGGGAGUCACACAAUAUCAACAUUGGUGAAAUCCCAAGAUGAGCGCUACAUCGACGCGAGUCAGAGGACUUACACCUUUGCCCCAGUGAAGGGCACAGAUUACAGCCUGGCCCUGGUGCUUCCUACCCACAGUUUGCAUUACAUUCGGGCCAACAUCGCCGACACCAUCACCCAGGCAAAAUCGUUUUUGGGGAAAGAUGUUUCUGAAAGCCUGAUGGCGGACAAGUUUGAUGAAUACGGCUAUACAUUCAUUGCACCGAGGGUGUACUGCAAGGACUUAAAGCCACCUGACAAGAACAAGAACAAAAACAACACCGAGUUCCUGGUUGAGUUCAACGAUUACAUUGACACAAAGACUCCAAACAACCCCAUGUGUAAUGUGGAACUGGUGAACCGAUUGCUGCUGGAUGCUGGGAUCACAUCAACUCUGAUCAAGCAUUGGAAAGGAACUGAUUUGCAGCCUGGUGUUGUUGCCAGAUUUGUUGCCACCGAUGGAGGGAUCACCCGAGUCUUCCCGAAAAGUGCUGGGCUCGACUGGCAAGAAGAAGCAGAGACGUAUGAGUCAAGCUUCUAUAAGAGAAGUUUGGACAAUGAUCUGUACAUCUUCACUCCAACACCCUACCUCAGUAAAGCGAACUCAACUGACGACACAGUCCUGGUGAGCAAAGCAGUAAACAUCAAUGUUGAUGGUAUUGCACUCAAACCAGCUGUUGUCGGCAUUAAGUUGGACAUUGGUGCCUGGAUGACAAGCUUCAUCAACACCACACAGAAGAUCAAUUGUAAUGAUGAGAUCUGUGGCUGUCAGCGAAACGAUGUGUAUGUAGACUGUGUCCUUCUGGAUGACGGGGGCUUCUUGGUGAUGUCCAAUCGGGAUGAACAUAUUGAACAGAUCGGGCGCUUCUUUGGUGGUAUGGACCCGAUCCUCAUGUUUAACUUGGUCAACUCAUCCCUGUUCACCUUUAAGAAAACCUUCGACUACCAGUCGCUCUGUGACCCUGAGAAAGAGAUCAAGGGGGCGGCAGGCCUGCGCUCCGUCUAUGUGCCCACCAUUGCAGAUAUUUUGAAUUUGGGAUGGUUUGCUACAGCUGCGGCGUGGUCAAUACUGCAACAGUUACUGGUCAGCAUCACUUUCCCCAAUUUCCUGAACGCAGCCGAGAUUGAUGAGGAAUUGUCAGACGCCAGGCUGAAAGAGGUCUGCAUCACAGAGCAAACUCAAUACUACUUUGAGACCGACAACCUGUCCUUCAGAGGCACAAUCGACUGUGAAAACUGCACCAGGCUCUACCACGCUGAAAAGCUGCCCAACACAAACCUGGUCUUCAUCAUCGCUGAUGCAAAACUCACCUGCUCGUCAUGUGAUACAAAGCCGUUAAUACAGGACGAGCAGAAGUCUAACGGUCCUGAUCCCUGUGAAAUGGCUCAGAAUCCUCGGUAUAGGAAAGGGCCCGCGGUCUGUCUUGAUAACAACGAACACGAGAAGGACCCUGACUGUGGCGGGGCGUCCAGCCUGAGCCCCUCACUUUGGCUGAUGGUGGGCCUUCAGCUGGUUCUGCUCUGGGUUUUGACUGGCUCCAGACCCCAUGCCAUCCCGUCAUGACCUCUGAAAAAUCCUCAUCACGCCCUCUCUCCGUCUCUCUCCCUCUGUUAUCUUCAAAUACGGCAACCAGCAUGCAACGCUGCCACCGAAAUGACAAACGCCCGUUGAGAAGCGCUUGUAACAAACAAACAAACACCUGUGAGCCCUACAACCUGCCAGUUUCUCCUUUUGAUACCUUCAGUUUUAGGGGUUUCUUAAAGUAAUUUUCCCAGGUGCAAGUGAUGAAAGAAAUGUUUAUUUGGAAGAUACCUACGCCUAUCCUUCAUCUUUUCAAUGGUCCCCGCCAGCUGAGAUUAAUUUUGAUUAGCGACUUCUGAACUUUCUUUGGCUUGAUGUCACGGAUGAAAGAGAUUCUACUGCCUUAAAGUAUCGGAGGGAUUUCAAUCACGAUCUGGGAGACUUACUGUUAAUUAAAAAUGUUGAGCAGUUUUAUUCACCACUGCCAGAUACAGCGCUGCAUGCCUUUUGCAAGCGUACAAUUUAUUUUGAAUCGAUUUGCAGUGGCUAGUUUUUAGGUAUUUAUUGUUUUGUGGUUGAGAAUUUGGCUGAGAUUUUCAGUAAGAAAUGCCAAAUUGUUAUCAUCGCAACCUCAUGUCCUUCAUUUGCCUCCGAUGGGUUGCUGAUAAUAAUGUUGUCUCAGUCAGAUUUUUUUAGAUAGCACGACGCAGAACAUGUUCACAGUGUCUCUGACGGUUUCAAAGAUGCAUCAACUGUACUUUCGCCCCAUGGCUCUUUCAUGUAGAUACUGUAUUUGCAGUGUGGAAAUCAUUGUUCAUUGUUAUUUUAAUGCACAGAAACCAACCCUUAAACUGCCACAGAGGGUUUGCCUCUGAGUGUACCGUUUUUAAACAUUGUAGCUGAUCUACUAAUCUUCAACCCCGAUUAAGAGUUGUAAAUUAUGUGGAAUUUCCGCCUUGGUGUUGGAUUGAUCCAAUGAAAACUUGGUUGCCAUAGUGCACAUUAACCAAUCAGGGUGAGCCUGGCUGGUGUCCUAUGCAUGCUCAGUUGACAACAUCUCUAGUACCAUGUGGACGGUGUGACCAGCUAGGUAGACAGUGGCUACUGAAUUGAAAGAGGUUACGUAUUUAUUUGUUUUAUUAUUUAUUUGAUUGAAGCGUCUGGACAGCAUGUUACUGUUUCCUUGACUGCCACCACUAAAGAAAGUGGGUGAAGGGGAUAUGAGAAUUUGUAUUUUACAAAAUAAUUUGUAUUCACUGCUGUCACUUUUUAAAUUAAAUGACUACUAUCUGCACUGCUAUUCAAAGUGCAGCUUUUAUUUUACAGUCUUUACGGUUUGGUCCAGACUGAAAAACCACUUCUAUCUCUGUGAAGAAGUGAGGUUCCAUCUUGCUUGUUUUUUUUACUGUGGUAUGAUACCACCAAGUAGACAUCACUGCAGUCAAUCCAUGCUUUUCAUCAUCUCUCCUGCUGUAUUUCAUUUUCUUCUUUUCUCUUCAAUAGAAGUUCAUCAUGUUUCAUGUUGUGUGCCUUCUCUUCCAUUAUACCGAACUUAAAGGAACAAUAUGUAUGUUUACUGAGGUUAAAUAUAUUCUAAUUUAAAAUCCCGGCUUCCUCAGACAACAAUGUCAGGCUCUUCUUCCAAAAAAAUUGUUUUUGUUUUUGCCUGUGUCUAUUUCAAAACCUCAUGUGGCCUGAUAAGAAACAAAUUUGCAAGCAAACACAGCAGGCUGCAGCCAUGGAACCACGGAAACAAACUUGAUCGACAGAGAUAACGCUGGAUUCUACCAAUCAUCUUUGCUAAAAGCUCAAUGACCCGAGAUGUGGCUGAACACGUGUUAAUAUUGGAGACAACUUUGAAAGAUUGGGACAGCUCAGAGCCCAGAAGAGUAUUAAAACAGUUGUCAAUUUGGCUCCUGUAAAGGUAAGCAUUGAUCUCAGGAUAGCUGAACUAACUUAUUAAUCACAGUAAGGAUGUGCAUUUUGAGGGAUUUCAUGUGUAAUACUUUUGUUAAACUAUUAUAUAUAAGAGUGCUCGAGUAUUUGACACACAGCCAGUGAAGUAAUCCAGUGUAGUGCUACCUAACACUGUCAUGCUAACAUAUGCUAAAUGCUAUCAAUCAUACACAAAGGGGUCUGGAAUGAGUCACACAGCUGUUGAAACAACCAGAGUGACAGAAAUGUAAGACUGAAACACACACGUUUUAAAAUAGUACUGAAGCCCAUCUAUGCUAUCUAGGAAAAUAACUGAAUUUAACAUAAUACCUAUUUUAGAAGAGGUUAUUCAUUUGCUGGCUUCACCCGGCACUUGAUUUGUUAUAAUGGACUAAAACACAGCCAGCAAUGCAUAGAUAACAUUGAUAGAGUUAACCAACAUCAGCAGGUUUAUAAUCUCCAAACAAAUACAUUGCAUAUCUAUAAACCAUCCCAUUAACUGAGGAUUUGGUGUAGCUUGUCAUUUAUAGCGUUCCCAAUCUUGUAAACCCGGGUCAGCUUAGAAUCUCUUUCCAAUAUUUCGAAUUUUGUCUGUUGUCCCAGUUUUUAAAUGCCAGCUUAAAGUGUUAUAUAUUGUUCCUUUAAGCGUGAAAAUAUUCAGAUGAUUUACUGUAGAUAUUUAUUAUUCUGUCCAGAGGAGAUAUACAGUCGGAGGGGUAUUAAAAAAAUGCAAGUUAGCCAAACGACUGCUGCAGAGUAAAAGCAAUCUGUCAAAAAUAAUAAAUAAUACCAACUCACACAGGAUCAAAAAUGGACACUUAGUCGCCCAGUGUCAAUGCAGUACUAAUUGUCUCAGCAGGAAUACAAAUAUAACAACUUAACUGAGUUCAGGAUGAAACUAAAUCCAUCCUGGAGUUGCAAUAUGUAGAACAUCUCUUGCUGUGUUUUUAUGUACUUACAAAUCGCUCAUGGUUAAAAGAUGGGAUUUUAAUUGAGUAAUCCCCCGAUUUAAUCGUUUUUUAGGUCUCUGUUGUUUCGAGUUCAGAAUUGUCAAUUACAUGUUACAACAGUAAAAAUUACGUUAUAACUGUUUCAGUGAAAUCAAAUACAUUAAGGAUACAUUCCAUUUACUGCCUUAUGGCACACCAAGAUCAUAAAAUGUCCUUCUGAGUCACGGUUAACCAAAUUCAACUUUGUUUUCCGGAUUCAGAUCCUUUGCAGAGGAACAUGUUUUAGGAUUUAUGAGGGGCUACAUACACCACUUAAACAAAACCAGGGAGUGCAUCUUUUAGUUGUGUAAUCUAUAAACACUGGCACAUGUUUGCAGGAAAUUGCUUUAUUGUGUGGGGAAUUGAAGACAACAACUUAAAUGUUGUGUACGACAUGACCACUAACACCGUCUCUCACCCUGUUUUAUUAAAUUAAUCCCUCUUGCAUCAUUUUGAAUAAUGUCAGUUUUUCCUAUAAGUAUUCCUCCAAGUACAAUCAAGGAAUCCAUUUUAUUUGAUGGCAAAGCUUGACUACCACCAGACAUUUUUAUAAACUAUAACCUUCCAACAAAAGCAAUGGUAUGCUCCUCAUUUACUAACACUUAAGAAUAUCAAGUGCCAUAUGGGGCUCUCUUAUUCCCUUGUGGAGAAACCUAUAAUCGUAAUAUAGAAUUUAUGCAAUUUACCAAGGCAUCAAGUAAGUCUCACAUUUUUACCCUGUGCUGCAUGGUAGUGACUUGAUUCACAAAAGAAAAACAUUUAUCUGGUGUGCUAUGUGUAAUGUUGGGAUGCAUUAUAUUAUGAAUGUCAGGCAUUUGUUUAUGAUAUGAUGAGGUAUGAUCAGCUAUUACUGCCUUGCUCUUGGGGGGACAGCAUUUGGCUCCGUCCUGGUCUGACUCAGCUGGGGAAAAAAAGAGAAUCUGAUUGGCCAGAGUGAUGUAUGAAUGCACUACUCAAUAUGUCUGAUUGGUUCAAGCCAUGUAUGAUAGCUUUUAUUUAAGGACCACACUGUACUGGGGGUUUCGCAAUUUCUUUUAUAGACCAAAUCAUGGAUAUUUAUUACUACUGCUGAGUAUUUGGCAUACCAUGUUGUUGUGUUUCAGAUUGUCAGUCACACUAGCGGUGGGGCUUCGGUCCACUACUUCGGCCAAUAACUGAACUUUAGUCACGUUGAUGUGAUUUUCCUGAUAGGUCUCUUGUGCUUCCAUUCAUUUCCAUACAGCAAGCAAAUCAUAUAGCACACUCUUGUAGAUUUUACCGUAAAAUAAAGUCUACUAAUUAAAAAUUGAUGGAAAACAAUGGCUGCCUGAAAAGGAAGAAAAUAUGGGGAGAAUCGAGAUGGCCAGCAGAAAAGUUUAAUGUAAAUCAAAGAACGUCUUGCUAUGGAAUAGCACUAUACGCAACGCCAAAUCAAGCAACAGUAGAAAAGCUGGGGGGGUCAAUGAUCUUUUCCCUACUUUCUACUUCCAGUGGUUUCUGCUAAUCUCCGAACUCCACCUUCAUGUUGACACCAACUACGAAUAUGUGAUAAAUAUACAUGAUUUGCAUAUCAGAAGUUUAACUUGCUAGAACAUGGUCCUUAAGACACCUUGGAAAGAGACGUACAUUGCACGGAUGUGAAAUGAGUGACAAUACACGCCACCUAAAAUUCUCAGAUGCUUUAAGAGAUGCACAGAAAACAUUGGAGAAUGAACAUGAGCUCCAUAGUUAUCCAGAUGUUCCAUUCUACUCUUAAGUGCUAAAAUCAGAUGCUGUCACUUCAGGAAUAAUAUACUCUCGAUGUGAUAUUAAGUGUUUUUGACUGUUGGUGCUCUCUGUAUGGAUCGUGUGAGUUAGACUUUUUAUUUCUGGAGUCUUGAAGAUUGCAUAGUGUGUGUUUUUUGUGUCUUGUUACCUUGCUGCCACUCUUUGGCGGACGAUUGGCGUGCCUGUCAGUCAAUCUUUCUCUGCCUUUGGUUUUAAGGCAGGCUCUUGAUGGGGGCGUCCACAAGUUGGCUUAGUGGGUCUCCUUCGAUUGUGCUUUAACAUGUUACACUUUAGUGGAGCUUGAUUCUCCAAAAUCAGUCAUGUAAAAAUGUGUACAAAAACCGAUGUUGUUCUCAACAAACUAAAAAAUAACAAUGUUUUUAAUCCUUGGAAGUAAAGAAAAGUGUUUAUUCAUGUGCAAAUAAGGUAUAUUCAGAAUAAAAGUUUAUGAUUACUA